AUGGGAGACCUGAAAUCAGGUUUUGAAGAGGUGGAUGGCGUGAGGCUCGGCUACCUCAUCAUUAAAGGAAAGCAAAUGUUUGCCCUCUCCCAAGUCUUCACAGAUCUGCUGAAAAACAUCCCGAGGACGACCGUGCACAAGCGCAUGGAUCAUCUGAAAGUGAAGAAGCACCACUGCGAUCUGGAGGAGUUGCGGAAACUCAAGGCAAUCAACAGCAUCGCCUUCCACGCAGCCAAAUGCACGCUCAUCUCCCGGGAAGACGUGGAAGCGCUCUACACCUCCUGCAAAACCGAGCGCGUCCUCAAGACCAAGCGCAGGCGGGUCGGCCGGGCCCUGGCCACAAAGGCGCCGCCGCCAGAGCGCGCCGCCGCGGCCAGCCCCCGCCCGGGAUUUUGGAAGGACAAGCACCAACUUUGGCGGGGCCUGAGCGGAGCCGCGCGGCCCCUGCCAAUCAGCGCGCAGUCCCCGCGCCCGGGCGCCGCCACCGCGCGCCCCGCCGCCCAUCUACCUCAGAUUUUUAGCAAAUACCCGGGCUCGCACUACCCGGAGAUUGUGCGUUCGCCGUGCAAACCCCCUCUAAACUAUGAAACUGCCCCGCUCCAGGGAAACUACGUCGCCUUCCCCUCGGACCCCGCUUAUUUUCGGAGCCUGCUGUGCAGCAAGCACCCGGCCGCCGCCGCCGCCGCCGCCGCUGCCGCCGCCGCCGCCGCCGCUGCCGCUGCCGCCUAUUACCAGGCAUCCGCGGCCGGGCCCCAGCCCAAGGCAGGGGCGGGCGCCAGAGGCCCGGGAAGCCUGAGCUACCGCUGCAAACGCAAGCGCGGCGGCACCAAGGACUGCUUGCUCGCGCCCCACGCCGGCGCGCGGCGCCUGCUACUGCUGCCCAGGUCCUACAAAGCCAAGGCGGCCGCGGCGGCGGCGGCGGCGGCUGCCGCGGCGGCGGCUGCCGCCGGGGCCACUUGCCUGGAGAGGUUUCAUCUGGUCAACGGUUUCUGCCCGCCUCCGCACCACCACCACCACCACCACCAUCACCACCACCACCACCACCACCGGGCCCAGCCGCCGCAGCAGAGUCACCACCCCCCUCACCACCACCGGCCGCAGCCCCAUCUGGGCAGCUUUCCCGAGAGUUGCAGCAGCGACUCCGAGUCCAGCUCCUACUCGGACCACGCGGCCAACGACUCGGAUUUUGGCUCCAGUUUGUCCAGUUCCAGCAACUCUGUGUCCUCGGAGGAAGAGGAGGAGGAGGGAGAGGAGGAGGAGGAGGAAGAGGAGGAGGAGGAGGAGGGGGGCAGCGGGGCCUCGGAUUCCAGUGAAGUCAGCUCGGAGGAGGAGGACUCGUCCACCGAGUCGGACUCCAGCUCCGGCUCCAGCCAAGUGUCAGUGCAGAGCAUCCGAUUCAGGCGUACCAGCUUCUGCAAGCCUCCCAGCGUGCAGGCGCAGGCCAACUUCUUGUACCAUCUGGCCUCCGCCGCCGCUGCAACCAAACCCGCUGCUUUCGAGGAUGCCGGCAGACUUCCCGACCUCAAGAGUAGUGUCAAAGCGGAGUCGCCGGAGGAGUGGAAUCUGCAGAGCUGGGCCCCCAAAGCGUCUCCAGUGUACUGCCCGGCCAGCCUGGGGAGUUGUUUCGCAGAGAUAAGGAACGAUAGGGUAUCUGAGAUUACAUUCCCACACUCUGAAAUUUCCAAUACUGUAAAGAGAACUGACCUGACAAUUAACUGCCUGGCAGAGGGGGCCUCUUCACCUAGCCCAAAGACAAACAAUGCAUUUCCACAACAAAGAAUACUCCGAGAGGCUAGGAAAUGCCUACAAGCAACUCCUACUACACACUGUGCAGAUAACAACACAAUAGCUGCUAGAUUCUUAAAUAAUCAUUCUUCAGGAGCAGAAGCAAAUUCAGAAAAAGAUUCCAAAAUCCUUCAUUGUCCUGAAUUUGCUACGGAUUUGCCCUCUUCGCAGACUGAUCCUGAAGUGAACGCUGCAGGAGCAGCAGCAACUAAAGCCGAGAAUCCCUGCACUGACACAGGCGACGAGACAUUGCCAUUUCUGCACAAUAUUAAAAUCAAAGUAGAAGACAGUAGUGCUAAUGAAGAAUAUGAACCUCAUCUUUUUACAAAUAAGCUAAAGUGCGAGUGCAAUGAUACAAAGGGUGAGUUUUACAGUGUGACUGAGAGUAAAGAGGAGGACGCCUUGUUAACCACAGCCAAGGAAGGUUUUGCAUGCCCUGAAAAAGAAACUCCUUCCUUAAAUCCACUGGCUCAAAGUCAGGGCCUUUCAUGCACUUUAGGUUCUCCAAAACCUGAGGAUGGGGAAUAUAAAUUUGGUGCCAGGGUAAGAAAAAAUUACCGGACACUAGUACUGGGAAAGCGACCUGUCCUUCAGACACCUCCAGUCAAACCAAAUUUGAAAUCAGCUAGAAGCCCUCGUCCUACAGGUAAAACUGAGACACAUGAAGGAACACUGGAUGAUUUUACAGUUAUAAACAGACGCAAAAAGGUAGCCAGCAAUGUAGCAUCAGCAGUGAAAAGGCCAUUUAAUUUCAUGGCAAAUUUUCCUUGUCCACCAUCACUCAUUAUUGGGAGAGAUGGGGACUUGUGGCCGGCGUAUUCCUUAAACACCACUAAGGAUUCUCAAACUCCUCACAAGGCCCAUCCUAUAUGGAAAUGGCAGCUGGGCGGUUCUGCAAUACCUCUUCCACCUAGUCACAAAUUCAGGAAAUUUAAUUCAUAAAAAUGUUUUGGAAGAUAUUUUCUUGAAGCAUAUUACCUUCCUUUUGUUGUAAACUGCACAGGAUGGUUUGUACAAGUCCGUUAAUGUGUUACACCCCCUUUGGAGUCCUGGUUUAUCGCAUUUUGAAGACAGAAAUCGGAUUACUUUUUUUCCG